AUGGAGUGUCCUCACCUGAUCUCAAACGUUGGCGGUGCCUCGGACUCCUUCAGGUUCCCGAAUGGCUCACCGUCAUCUUGGUGUUGUAACGUUUGCAGGUCCAAUAAAAGUCCCUGGAUCUGCCUUGCCUGUCUGAUGGUCCACUGUGGGCGAUAUGUCAAUGGACAUGCAAAGAAACACUUUGAAGAGAAUCAAAGCCCAUGCAUUAGUCAGAAGAGAGGCGAGAAACCAGAGAAGGAGAAAACCCAUCACGCCGUCUGCAUGGAUUGCAGCAACUUCAGUGUUUUCUGUUACAGAUGUGAUGACUUUGUCGUCAAUGACACCAAACUUGGGCAUGUGCAGAAGGUGAGGGAACAUCUUCAGAGUUUAGAAAAUUCACUGCAUAUGGGCGACAGACAGAGGAAGCGAAAACUUCUGGAAAGCCCAGCUUCAGAUGGCAAGUUAUUAAAAGACAGUGACGGGGUUGCUCUAGGAGCAACUGGUCUGCGGAACCUGGGCAACACGUGCUUCAUGAAUGCCAUACUGCAGUCCCUCAGCAACAUCGAGCAGUUCAGUUGUUAUUUCAAGGAGUUGCCUGCAGUGGCUCUACGCAGUGGUAAGACGGCAGGAAGAAGGAUGUACCACACCCGCAGCCAAGGGGACAACACUGUAUCGCUGGUGGAAGAGUUCAGGAAAACUCUUUGUUCCCUGUGGCAAGGAAGUCAGACCGCCUUCAGUCCAGACCCCUUAUUUUAUGCAAUAUGGAAAAUUAUGCCAAGUUUCAGAGGGUAUCAGCAGCAGGAUGCUCAUGAAUUCAUGCGUUACCUGCUAGACCAUCUGCACAGAGAGCUCCAGUGCUGUCGCAACGGGGCGUCUCACCCAGUCUCACCCCAAGAGGCUGUCAGAAUCUCCUCCAAUGAGGGAAAAUGCUGCAUAAAUGGAGCCGCCAGUGUAGUCACAUCUAUCUUUGGUGGAAUACUUCAGAACGAAGUAAACUGUCUGAUAUGUGGGACAGAGUCUCGAAAGUUUGAUCCAUUUCUUGAUCUUUCAUUGGACAUUCCCAGUCAAUUCAGACAAAAGAGAAGUAAGGACCAGGAGCCGGGUCCAAUGUGCACCUUACGUGACUGCCUACGUAGCUUUACAGACCUGGAAGAACUGGAUGAAACAGAACUGUAUUAUUGCCAUAAGUGUAAAAAGCGUCAGAAAUCAACAAAGAAGUUCUGGAUCCAGAAGCUCCCAAAGGUUUUGUGUCUACACCUCAAACGGUUCCACUGGACUGCCUUUUUGAGAAACAAGGUGGACACUUAUGUGGAAUUCCCUCUGAAGGGUCUGGACAUGAGGAACUACUUACUUGAGCCAGAGAAUUCUCUACCAGGGACUUGCUUGUACGACCUUGUUGCUGUCGUGGUGCAUCAUGGAUCAGGGGUUGGGUCGGGGCAUUACACGGCAUAUGGCAGCCACGAAGGCCGCUGGUACCACUUCAACGACAGCACAGUCAGCCUCACCACCGAGGAGACGGUGAGGAAAGCCAAGGCCUACAUCCUCUUCUACGUGGAGAGGACUGGUCAGUCGGCCAAAGAGGAGCCUGAUGCGGACUCUGCGUCCAUGGACAGCGUUUCCACAGAAACCCUUUCUCAGGACAAGGCUGUCACAGACAGAAAUGUGAGGGAUGCAGCAGCCACACAGAUGAAUAUUUCUGAGAAAGCACAAGAGGAUGAGUGCAAAGACGUGCUCACCUUGAAUGAAAGUGGCCCGGUGUCAGGGGAGGAAGCAACAGACAGGGAGAACUCAGACCAGACUGGACCAGAAGGAGCUCUCCAAGCCGUACAAACUGCUGCUCCCUGA